CCAGGAGCGCCCCGCAGUGCCGGCGCGCUGCAGGCCGAGCUGGAGGCUGUCCUGGCGGCUCGGUCGUCCGGCCCGGAGCGGCGUGGGAUCACCCAGCCUCUACCGUGAGCCCCAAGACCUGCACUUCAGCCGGAGCUCACCAUGGGGAACCACUUGACCGAGAUGGCGCCCACUGCCUCCUCCUUCUUGCCCCACUUCCAGGCCCUGCACGUAGUGGUCGUCGGGCUGGACUCAGCUGGAAAGACCUCCCUCCUCUACCGCCUCAAGUUCAAAGAGUUUGUGCAGAGUGUCCCCACUAAAGGCUUUAACACAGAGAAGAUCCGGGUGCCCCUGGGGGGCUCCCGUGGCAUCACCUUCCAAGUGUGGGAUGUCGGGGGACAGGAGAAGCUGCGACCACUGUGGCGCUCCUACACACGCCGGACAGAUGGGCUGGUGUUUGUGGUGGAUGCUGCAGAGGUGGAGCGCCUGGAGGAGGCCAAGGUGGAGCUACACCGAAUCAGCCGGGCCUCGGACAACCAGGGUGUGCCUGUGCUGGUGCUGGCCAACAAGCAGGAUCAGCCUGGGGCACUGAGCGCAGCCGAGGUGGAGAAGAGACUGGCAGUCCGAGAGCUGGCUGCUGCCACACUCACCCACGUGCAGGGCUGCAGUGCUGUGAAUGGGCUGGGCCUGCAGCCUGGCCUUGAGCGCCUGUAUGAGAUGAUCCUCAAGAGGAAGAAGGCGGCCAGGGUAGGCAAGAAGAGACGGUGACCUGAGGCCGCCCUCCUCACCAGUAGGGGUCUGCACACUUGGACAGCCAGGCAGAGCUCGUGGCCCCUCGCUCAGCCCCUGGUGCAGGACCUGUCCACCUCAAUGAAGGACUGAGGGGCACACUGGGGGUCCUGUUUUGGUGCAGCGUUGGGGAGGGGGAUGGGAGAAGGGAUGGCUUCUGACCUCUCCCUCCUGACCUCCAGAGGAGCGGGGCCUGCAGCUGUGGAGGCUUAAAUGUAAACUGUCACUCUACCUCGACCCUGUUUCUUAUUUUGCUUCUCUGGCUUUUUGAUUAGAUGUGUUUUGGGGCAAAGAAAAGUUGCUUGGAGAAUGCAUUUGGGAUGAAUGAGGAUUAUCUCUGUCCCACCCCCUCCUCCAACUGGGGAGUCUCCCCAGGCUGCUUUUCUAGGGGUGCCAGUCACAAUAGUCUUUCUUUUUGUGUCUGUGUGAAAGUGCCAAGAAUCCCUCCCCACAUUUGUACAUCCGCAACUGUUUUUAUAAACUGUGUGUGUGUCCUCUGUAUUAUUAUUACCUAUUUUUUAGCAUUUACUUAUAAGUUAUUAAAGACUGAUGAUACUGUAGCUCUAA